AAUAUUUAAACGUUUUUUUCGUUCAAAGUUUGCGAUUAUUCGCCGAUUAUUAAGAUUAUUCAAAUUUUUCAACUUUAGACGUUGUUUUUUCCCAAUGGCUCGUGCUUUUAGUGAGGAUCUGAAGUGGAGAAUUAUUUACCUUCAUCAUGAUGGAUAUAGUCGAAUAAAAAUUGCCAGAUUAUUACACAUUAGCAAACGCACUGUUGAUAAUAUCUUGCAAAUAUAUGUACAAUGGGGAACGGUAAUAAAUCUAUGGCAAAAACCACCAGGACGUCAUAAAACACUAACUCAAAAUGAAAUGAAGAUAUUACGAGAGUUAAUUAAGGACAAGGUGGAUUGGUAUUUAGACGAAUUAGUAGGAGAACUUGAGCAACAGACAGGAAAGUUGUUACAUCAAGUAGCUUAUGAACGGAAUGAACUUCUUAGAAGCACAUUUAUUGCAAAAGUUGGACGUGAUUAUAAACCUGAACAGCUUAUAUUUAUGGAUGAAGCUUCUAAAGAUGAACGCACUUUAUCUCGUGGAUAUGGUUAUUCUUUAAAAAAUACUUUUGCAAUUAAAAAGAAUGUAUUUGUAUGUGGAGUUCGUUAUACAAUAUUGCCUGCAUUUUCUUUACAAGGCAUUAUUGCUGAAUUGUUAUAA